AUGUUGUGGCGCCAGGACCCCGGCAUCAGCCUUGAACAACCGCAUCCUCCCUUCCCAAUCCUCCUUUCAAUCCAACACAAGCUUCCUGCCCCAGCACGCGCCCAUAGCAAGCUCAUCCCUACCCCCAGGUCAUGUCAUGACCUCAUGGAGGCCCGGAGAGAUCAGUACCAAGGCUUCUUGGAAACACGGGUGGGGGUGACUAGGGUGUGUACGAGCAGGGGAUACUACAGACACGAUCUGGGCGCCAGCCGUCUUGAGGUCGGGCGCAAGUCUUUGGCAGAGGCGAUGAGCCAAGAGUGCCCGUCAGGGCUGCCGUCGGUGGACGACGAGCUGCCGUACCUGCAGAUGUCGUCGUCGGACGUGGAGAGCUUCCUGGAGCCCGGGGGCGAGGACGUGCCAGCGCCGUCCCAAGGGAAGCGGAGGGCGGCCAAGGCGUGCGAGGGGUGCAGGAGAAGGAAGCUGAGGUGCGACGACGGGCGGCCUUGCGGGCGGUGCAUGGAGGACAUGCAGGAGUGCGUGGAGGAGGACGCGAGCGCGAGGAAGAGAAGGAGGCCAAGCAGGGAGGAGACGAGCGGGAAGCCGUGCGAUCACUGCCGGGAGAGCGGGCUGUGGUGCGAGGAGACGCGACCGUGCUGGCGCUGUGUGAUUGCGGGGCUGAGCUGCACGGACAAGGGGGAAGGGGGGCAGGGGGGAGGGAAGGGGGAGGGGGGAGAUGGAGGGGAGGAAGAAGGAGGAAAAGAGGCUAGGCCUGGAAGGAGCAAGAAGCAGGAGGCGAGAAAGAAGGAGAGAGAAGGGGACAGGGAACAAGGCGAGGGCGAGGAGGUCGGACAGGUGAAUCGGAUCUGA